AGAAUGUUCCUGGGUGUGGACUGCCUUGUAUAAUUAACUGCACAGCUGUAGCUUCUGAUCCCUGGUAACGUCUGCUUCUUUCUUUUUCCCCGCAUCUACCCAGCAGAAUCCAGGCGUCCUCCUCCUCCUCGCAGGAGCUCCAGGUGCGUCACUUGGGCAGAAACCUUCCUGCAUUCCACCAUCAUUCCUUGCCGAGACAGCGACCAGGCAGACGUACUUGCUUUAUAGAGGGUUGGGAGACAAGAACUGGAGGAAAGACUGAGCAGUGAAGCCAAUUUGCCCUGUUCAGACGAUGGAAACGGGGAGCGCAGCAAGGACAAACGGUACUACUGGGAAGCCAGAGGAUGUGAAGAGUCCACCUGCCCCCAAAAAGGAAGAAGAAACGAAGAAGACCACAAGCCCUGGCGGAGGUGAGAAGGAAGCUAUGAAGAGCACUGGUGGUGCCUCUUUGGAGACAGGGCAGAUCAAGAGCUCCCUCUUCUCUGGGAGCGACUGGAAGAGGCCCAUCAUUCAGUUUGUGGAGUCGUCUGAUGAGAAGAGAUCAACCUACUUCAGCAUGGAUUCGGCGGAUUCAAAGAAGAUGCAAUAUGCCAGUGGACAGAUAGGAGACAUGAGGAGACCACCUCUCUCCUUUGUAGAGAAAGGCGACCUCAGGAAGCCCCUCUUCUCCUUGGAUUCCAAAAAGAGCUUUCUGCCUGGUGAAGGGGAAGUGAGGAAGUCGUUGUUCUCUGGGGGGCAGAUGGGGGACCUGAAGAAAACUUCCCUCCCGCUGGUAGAGACAGGGGACCUGAGAAGAUCUACCUUCAACAAGCCUGACAGGGCAGCUGGGUCACGGCCAAGGGUGAAGCUCGAGGAUGUUCUGUGCGAUUCCUGCAUUGAUAACAAGCAAAAAGCCGUGAAGUCUUGCUUGGUGUGCCAGGCUUCCUUCUGUGAGCUGCACCUCAAGCCCCAUCUGGAGGGAGCAGCUUUCCGGGACCACCAGCUGCUGGACCCCAUCAGGGACUUUGAAGCAAGAAAAUGCCCUGUGCACGGGAAGACCAUGGAGCUGUUCUGUCAGACAGACCAGAUGUGCAUCUGCUACCUCUGCAUGUUCCAGGAGCACAAGAACCACAGCACAGUGACAGUGGAGAUCGAGAAAGCAGGAAAAGAGGCUGAGCUUUCACUGCAGAAAGAGCAACUGCAGCUGAAGAUCAUCGAGGUAGAAGAUGAAAUAGACAAGUGGCAGAAGGAGAGGGACCGUAUCAAGAACUACACCACCAACGAGAAAGCCACUGUGGAUCAGCAUUUCAAAGAGCUGAUCCGUGACCUGGAGAGGCAGAGGGAUGAGGUGAAGGCUGCCCUGGACCAGAGGGAAAAGAUCGCAUCGGAGAACGUGAAAGAAAUCGUGGAUGAGCUGGAAGAGAGGGCAAAGCUGCUGCGGGAGGACAAGGAGAACAGGGAGCAGAUCCAUCAGAUCAGUGACUCCGUGCUCUUCCUGCAGGAAUUUGGGGCUCUGAUGCGGAAUUACGUCCCCCCUCCGUCUCUCCCAACAUACAGUGUGCUGCUUGAAGGGGAGAGCAUGAGCCCAUCCAUGGGGCUCCUCAGAGAUGACCUCCUGAACGUCUGCAUGAGGCACGUGGAAAAGAUCUGCAAGGCGGACCUCGGCCGCAACUUCAUAGAGAGGAACCACAUGGAGAAUGGUGACCAUCGGUACAUGAUGAACAACUAUGAGUGGAACCAGCCCGACAACUUGAAGAGAUUUUCCAUGUUCCUGUCUCCCAAAGCCAGUUUCAACCCACGAUCAUGGGAAUUUUCCUCCUUCCAAGCGACUGAGGAAACACUUGUAGGCAAUGGUACUAAGCUGCCUUUUCAGUUCUCCUCGGUUGGACAGAACCCGCCUGGUGACUUCAGCAAACAGUCUGACGGGAGCCUCUUCACUAAGACCGCUUACCCUUCAAUAGUGAGACAUCAGUCUACAAAGGUGACGCCACAGACAUGGAAAUCCUCUAAGCAGUCUGUAUUGUCACAUUACCGCCCCUUUUACGUCAACAAAGGCAAUGGAGCCACUUCCAACGAGGCACCUUGAUCCCUGAAGAUUUAGGGAAGAGCUGGCAGCACUUGGAGUGAAGACUCAGCUGCGGAUUUUCAUGGAUGUACCUGCUACUAUAUUAACCUUACCGCUCUAAUCUCUGCCAGGGAGAGGGAAGGUGCAGAAGGGAACUGCCUUUACUAGAGGAAACAAGGACUUUUUCCAAAUCACCUUGAAAGCUCUGCAGGCCUUAACAACGUAACCCCACCCUCUGCUGUCACCUCCUUAUUCCCUCUCAAUGCCCUUUGCUUCUGCAGAGCGAGCUGCUCUGCUCCUCCUGGGAAGCAUGCAUGCUUGGCUAGCACCCCCGACUCUGCUCUACCAGUUGCCCCCUCGUCCUGAGCGUGUUUAAAUGACCAUAGCUGUUAAAUCCUGGUGAAGGUCCCAAUUUGAGGGGCCCAAGGGUCUUUCUAGAGUCGAGGGGCUCCAGCUUCUGGGAGCAGCGACAGGCGAAAGCUCUUCCCUUGCCCCAGCCCUGCCUCAAUGGGGACACCCAGCCUCAGUGGGACCAGGCUCCCCCCAUCCCACACCAGCGCGCUUCCCCAGGGCCACAGUCAGCUCAGCUCUGCUCCAAAAAGCCAAUGAACAGGACCUUCUCAGAGCUGUCUCAGCCCAUGGCCAGCUUGGUGGAGGGCAGAGAGGCUCCUUAUCCCAUUAGAGUACCCCUCCAGCCACCUUUUCAACUUCAGAAAUAAAAUCCAUCCUACUAAUGUUAGAUUGAUUAGAUGCCAUAGGUACUGGGUGCUUUUUUUUGUUUUGUGGUGGCUUUUAAAUUGCCCCGAACCAAAACUGAUUUAUAUAUUGUGGCUCAGGUGUUUUUUCUGCAAUGGGAAUUAGUACCAUAGCUUUUUGCUCAGGAUGGUAUGUUUUUAUUUGUCGCCUGGAUAAACAAAUCAGGCCAGGGCUGGUUAACCUUCCCGUGAUCUCACUGAGAUUGUUUUCCUUCCCCUUGGACAAAGCUAAGAGGUUAGAUCCACGCUAUGCAAAAACCUCCCCAGGCCAGUCAAUGGGAGCACAUGGCCCAUGGCAGGAUCAGAGCUCUCAAAUGGUGAUAAGCAGCUGCAGAACAGAGAACCAAGACCUGACAGUUACUCUUCAUGUUGUUUUCUGUUCAAGCAGUUUUUGGAAUGGCUUUCCCCCACCUUUCCUACCCCCAAAUGCUUGCAGCACUUUGCUGAGAGAGGUCAUGCCUAGCGCUCCCUGAAAAUUACUUUCUUGCUAAUCUCCAUGCAAAGAUAUUUCCUGCUUUUUAAUCCGACAUCUCAGACAAAACUUCUGAGGCUGAAAGUUGGUUGCUCCAGAAUACUUGAAAUGGCACUUUUUUUCCUUAAUGACCAGAGGAAAAAGGGAUAGCAUGGUAUGGAAGGACGUGAAGAAAGGGAAACAAGGGUAGAGUUGCUAGGAAAUACACCGAAAUGUUUGAGUAUGUGUGUGAAAGGAUAAAACAAACCAUCCCCAAUCUCACUGUUUGUUUUGCCCCCGAGCAGGUGUCCAGUAAUCACUUGGGUCCCUUAUGCUCCAGUAAAAGCCUCCACUACCUUCUUUCUAUUCUCCAAAAUGUGGGCAUGAUACCUCCUCCUCCAAAACUCAGAUAUUAAAAUCCACCCCCAUUCUUUGCUGCCCUAAAGCAGCCCUGCCCGGUGUCAGCCCGGACCUGCACUGCCCCUUGCCCAGCACACAGAUGCCCGGCCCGAGGGAGCCGAUGUCCCCCCUCCUGCCAUUGCUCUGCCCCACCACUGCAGCCCCCCAGCCUGUUCGCUCCCCUUACUCCCCUCGCUUCAAAAGCCUCAUUCACAUGGCUUUUCACACUGGCUCCAGUGACACGAGUAGAGCUGCUCCCAUUUUCUUUUAGCAUGGGAGGACACUGGUCUCCCCCUAACCCUUUGCCCCACCGGAGGAGCGUGGGAUGGGGCACAGCUCUGGUCCUGCUCUACCUUGUAGUCCGGGGAACUAGCAGCGCGGCUUCGAGGUGUAUUGUGCAUGAACUGUUUUUAUCGUGUUUGUCUUGAUCAGCAAAGCAAGAGGAAUUCCGCCUCCUCAGACAGGACACGACUGCGCUGAUGUAAACGAGGCCCUUCACGUGUGCAACACAUACUGCAGAAAUAAAGGAGAAAGCUCCAUGUCUGACCAAAAA